CGAAAUGGAUUUUGAUAAUAUUGCGAAAGAGCAAUCAGAUCGAAUCUUUCAGGUAUGGAUACAAAACCUGCUCAGAAACUCACCAGAAGAUUUGGCGGGCAAGCUUGCCUCCCGGCAUUGUCCCGGUACGCCUGUUACAGCCUUGCGGCUUUCAAAUGGCGCCUUUAAUAUUUGCUAUCGAGUCACUUACGAAGAUGGGCGUCGUGUUGAGGUUCGCUUUGCGGCCCUUGGUCGGGUUAUUGCACGCAAUGAAAAGGUGGAGGAUGAGGUCGCAAUAAUGAGCUACAUUGGCCGACACACAGCGAUCCCCGUUCCAAAGGUCUUGGGCUAUGGCAAAUGUGUGGUUGGACCGUACAUUGUCAUGUCUUUUAUCGAAGGGAAGUCGUUGAGCGCAUACCUCAGAGACUCCGCCCAGGAGACAGUCGCAUUGAGUUCGACUAUUUCGACAUCAACCUUGAGGAGAGCUUAUUUCAGUAUGUCUGAAAUACUGCUCGAGUUAUCGAAGCCUGAAUUUCCGUGUAUUGGAGCUAUCAGACAGGAUGAAUCAGGCUCUUGGACCGUGCUUAAGCGUCCACUCACUUUCAACAUGAAUCGACUGACUCAAUUCUCCAAUAUUCCCCACAGUAUCUUCAGGCAACCACCUUUUGGCACUGCAGCAGAUUAUUUCGAGGAGCUCGCUCAACAGCAUUUCCACCAUCUCGAGCUUCAACGUAACGAUGCAAUUUCAGAUGAGGCCGACUGUCGGAAGAAAUAUAUUGCGCGUUGCCUUUUUCGCAAAAUCUCGCACGAGAUAUCGAAGAGACAUUGCAGUGGACCUUUCCGGCUAUAUUGUGAUGACUUUCAUCCUGACAAUGUCCUCGUUGAUGCAUCUACGCUUGUGGUGACUGGAGUAGUCGAUUGGGAGUUUGCUUAUGCCGCUCCUGUUGAAUUCACGUAUGCUGCCCCUUGGUGGCUUCUUCUGGAGCGACCAGAGGACUGGGAACCAGAUCUCGAUCAAUUCCUGACUCGUUUUAUGCCGAGAUUCCGCACUUUUCUUGAGGUACUGGAAGAUUGUGAAACAAGAAAAAUCAAAGAUGGAUCUUUAUUACAACACCAGCGUCUAUCGAUUGCUAUGAAGGACUCACUGGGCAGUGGUCUUUUUUGGAUCUGCCUUGCUUCAAGACACAGCUCCAUGUUCGAUGAAAUCUAUUGGAACAUCAUUGAUCCAAGGUUCUUUGGACAGUUUACAACGAUCCAGGACCGACUAUGUCUCCUAACCACAGAAGAACGUCUAAACAUCGACACCUUCAUUGAGAAGAAAGUGCACCAGGCGAGUGAGAGAAACUUGGUUUCUCAUUACAGCAUCGAUGAACUAGUUGAGCUAUAAUAUUAUGAGCGGGUUGAAUUGCACAUAGUGACAUAGCAUUGCAGGCUCCAAAGAUCAUAUCCUCCAAGCACAC